GCUUUGAGUGCUGAGGCACAUUUCCACGGGCGAAAAACGCCCAAGGUCUUUAUCAAAGUGAUCCUUAACGUUGAUCCCCCGCCCGUCUCAGUCCGGCGCGAUAAUUUCGCACAGAACAAUAUAAAGACAUUUUCACACCUUCUGAGUGCCCACUAUAGAUUCAGACAACAGGAAGCCUUUCCUGCCAUUACCUAGUGACUGAUACAUUUAUCCAUUCUUGGCAAAUUGGAUCCGACAACAUGUCCUUGACUUCUUUCUUCGCCCACGUCAUCAAAGCGCAAUGGUUCACAACGAUUCCUAAACAGACGAGCACAUUUGAAGGCCAGACAGUGCUGAUCACAGGUGCGAACACCGGUCUUGGUCUAGCCGCAGCAAAGUAUAUGGCGUCGCACAAAGCUGCAAAGGUGAUCAUUGCGUGUCGCAACACGUCGAAAGGAGAAAAAGCAAGGCAGGAACUUGAAAAGGAAACUGGAGUCAAAGGUGUCGCUGAAGUUUGGGAGCUCGAUCUCUCCUCAUACGAUUCCAUCAAGAGCUUUGCGACGCGAGUGAAUGAGAACUUGGACAGGUUAGAUGUGGUGAUCUGCAGUGCAGGCAUUAAUACGAUGAAGUUUGACGUUGUCAAUGGCUACGAGAGCAUGAUCGCCGUUAACGUGGUCGCGACGUUUCUUCUCGGACUUCUCUUGCUGCCGAAGCUCAAACAAAACGUGGAAAAGUAUCCGGACUCCAGGCCGCAUCUGUGCUUCGUUUCGUCCGACACACACAUGACCGUUACUUUGGACAAGGCGGGUCGGAAUCAAGACGAGCUGAUAUUCGAAAACCUCAGCGACAAGAGGAAGACAUCGAUGCCGUCUCGAUACCCAAUGUCAAAGCUCCUUGAUGUGUUAAUGACCUUCCAAAUGGCAGCCAAAGUCGGAAACGAGUAUCCCGUCAUCAUCAAUACAGUCAACCCAGGUUUGUGCAAGUCAGACCUGGGCCGCGAGGCUCCCAGAUUCUUGACCGCUAUUGUGAAUUUCAUACUUGGUGCGAGAAGCGCUGAGGUUGGCAUUCAGAAUUAUAUUUAUGCCGUCACCGGCGGAAAGGAGAAGCACGGUAAAUACAUUAGUGAAUGUCGAGAGGGACCUCUGGGACCCGGGGCAAAAGGGGCCAAGGCAGAAGUUUUGGCUGCAAGGGCUUGGAAAGAACUAACAGAUAUAUUGGAAAAGAUUGAACCUGGCAUAACAAGCAAGCUGUAGUCGUGGAUGUCAAUUUUCUGAGAUAGUUGUACUUUGCAGAUUAGCGCUGAUGCUUCAUGGAACUGUUAUUUCA